AUGAGAUUGUUAAAGUCCGGUACCUCGGCACAGACUGACCUAGCCUUCGGAAAAAGAGUUUUCGGUAAGUGUUCCCAGUCAGAAAACGAAAGCGACUAAAAUGACUACUUUCAACUAUUUUUCCAUUGCCAUCCAAGGUUCAAACUGAGAUCAACAGAUAAUUGCGACUCUGGAGUGAAUAGAAGUCAUUGAUUUUUCACUUGGACGGAAACCCGUGCACUGGCGGUCAUCAUCGUAACUGCGAUUGAGGUGACGACAAUUAUCAAUCCAGCCCUCUCUCAGGUAAGACCAUGUAAUAGUAAGGACAAUAUCGAGCAAACUGUUCCGUGAAAGGUUUCACCUAUAUCGCCAUACGAACCAGUUUUUUCCAGCUAGACUCGGGAUUUGGCAUCCGUUAUCGCCUGGCCGGCUAGCGUGUGCGUGGGUACACCGGGCUGUAUCUCUCAUCAUUUUAAGGCGACACGAUUGCUUAGGCGGCAGAGGGUAUUUGAAGUCUCAGAUUACACGCGCGACAUUGAGUUUCAGCAAAUCAAGGACUUACAAUGUUCACUUCUUGCCAACCGCGACUUAUUUCAGUUGAUCAUUAGAGUCAGGACUUUGGUCAACGGCUCAACCUGUGGAUAAGGGCAGCGAAGACGAGCAUAACGGCUGCAACUAGUGUUGUUAUCAUUAUUGCCAUUAUCAUGGAGGUGAUGAUGCUGCUGCUGCUGCUGCUGCUGCUGCUGAUGAUGAUGAUGAUGACGAUGAUGAUGAUGAUGAUGAUGAUGAUGAUGAUGAUGAUGAUGAUGAUGAUGAUGAUGAUGAUGAUGAUGAUGAUGAUGAUGAUGAUGAUGAUGAUGAUGAUGAUGAUGAUGAUGAUGAUGAUGAUGAUGAUGAUGAUGAUGAUGAUGAUGACUGUUAUGUCCCGGAGGGAUGGUUGAACAGAAAGAGAACAGGUUCGGAGAACGAGCACUUUAUUGGCAACUUGCGAACAGGAGGGGUUCCAACUCGUCAGAGAGAUGCGCUGUUUAUGUUGGUCCCUAUGCGUUCUGGAACACUCCGCCCAAUGGCGUGCCAGCCGUUGGGGGCGUUCUUGAACGUUCCUGCCCGGGGGACGCUGGUCGCUAAUUGGCCCCCGCUUGAGCAAUAGUCCCCCGUGGAAACGUCAGGAAUGUUCGACCAGCCAUUGAUUCGGUGACCAGAAUCAGGAGGAAAACCAUCUGUCAGAUCCACCAAGUCUGGGAUUAAAUUCAAGGUCAGAUUGGGGAGAAGCCCCAGUCGGACCAUGCGAGCGAUCACCAAGGUCUUUUAGGUUAACUGCAUAGGGUCUGACACGUCAUAUAGGCGAAGGUUUUGACCUGGUCUUUAGCCCAAAUUUGGCGGCUCCUACUUGCCGAUUGUUUCUGGCGUCUAUGACUGAGAAAACUGUUCCAACAGUACUCUUCAUGAAAGAGAAGUAUUAAACUGCCGACCAGGUCAGUGCCAGCAGGAUUGGCAGGUAUGGUUCCAAAUUUGGGACAUGCACAUCGCACCAGCAAGGCCAGACACACAUCCCACCCAUGUAGGCUUAUUAUCGUGGCUUCUGACGACCUCAAUAUGCAACCGGCGUUUCAGAGGAAGGUGUAGUAGGCAGAACGGAGGAGUACCUGGAUCUGAUCUUGUAGUUCCAAGAUCCCCCAGAGUUCAGCCUGCAUUCCGAACUGGUCGAGGGAAAAAGACAUGUCGCACAGCCAAUACGAGCAGAAACUGGUUAUCAGAGAACUUGAACAUCUAUUAGAAAGAGCUUUACCCGACACAGGGUGACGUCAGCCCCCAUGACUCACAGACCAAGCUAAAUAUUCCCAAAGGUCCGACGCGAUGAAAUAAAGGAAUUCAAGAUCGACAAGGACCACGUUAUCGUACUCACAGAAAGGGGUGUUCCGUUGUCGCAUUGGACGGGAUCAGAGUACCUUCGGAGGGUCAAGAACUAUUUAGCAGAUCUCCAGGUCCACAUCAUAUUCAAAUCCCGUAAAAAAACGAUGACACGCGAAAUUAAUGUAACGCUUUUAACUAGCAGGAAUAUCGGAGCAUGAUGGGAGCCCAGAAAACGGCGUUGGCUGGAUUCCAUAACCUUUCAUGGCUGAAGAAAGAGAAUGAUGUCCGGCUCUUCUGAUCACGCAAAGGUAUUCCAACUGGCAAGGUGGUUGUUUCAGCGUCUGGGCAUUCAGGAAAUAAGAGGGAUCAAACCAGGCUAAUCAUCAUACCUUAUCCGUCCUAGGACAGUCGCCUUUUGUUGUACUGACUUGAUGUGCAACCCCAUCACCUAGCACCACGACCACGCCGCCGGUCGCCUGGACAACAUAUGAGUACAUAAAAAGAGGUAAAUAGUCCAAUUUCAGCCGUCUGGCUAAGGAAAGCAGGCGAGUGGUUAAAAUAAGAGCCGCGGGUAGUACUGGGUACAGUGCCAACGCCAAUAUCCUCUUAGGAGGCUGAGAAUUGAUCGCGGUAUUACAGGCAGCAGAUACCUAAAUAAUGGCAAAUCAACUGACCAGACUGAUAGAUAAGCUUACCUGCAGAUACGUGCGCACACCUAUUCUGAACUAAACAAUUAUACACCUCGUCGCAUUAUCAGGUCAGCGCGUCAGAUGGCCGAGCAAUCAUCACACAUCAUUUCAUCAACGCACGUGAUGAUAUUGCAGCAAUUAACGACGCGAAUGUCGGCCAUCACACCACGUGCAACGAUCCCUGCUGAAGGGGGGAGCCGUGAAUAUUCAUAGGUAUGCGGUAGCAUGGCUACUGCAUCCUCUAAAUACUGCAGCCCCUUAUGCAUGAACCACCCGUAUCUGCUUUGUCUCUGGUGAUGGGUUCGAGCAGGAAUCCGAAACGUCAGGCUAAUAAUGCUCUUGCCCUAGCGAUCGUGUCUCCUUCUUCAACAUUAUCAGGUCUGCCCAAAAUUCACUAAUGAUCUGCAGUAAUACCCCUAGAUUCUCGAGAGUUACAUUCUAAGACUCCCACGUACAUGUACGUCUACUGUCCGCCACCUUGUUCCCGCCAGCUUCUUUUCUUAGACGCUGAACUCUCAUUAGCUCAUUUACUGUGAUCCACUGAAUGUCACGCGAAUGUUAAGCGUUCGGUUAUAAGGGGAAAGGCGUGGAUUCGUGAGGCCACAGAUUCAGAAGCACAAGUUUUCGGGUUAUUAAUGAAUUCCAUUGUUCAGUAGACGAAAUUGCGAUCACUGGAAUAAGAAAUUUAUUGGCCUAACGUUUCGGAUUCUCACUCGAACCCAUCACGAGAGACAAUCACACUCUUAUCUGCGGCCGACUCGGAUGAUGGGUUCGAGUGAGAAUCCGAAACUUCAGGCCAAUAAACUUCUUGUUCCAGUGAUUGCAUCUUCGUCUUCUGAACUGCUUUCCGGAACUCGCCUGUUCGCUUCUAUCAAAUCUCAUUGUGGCUACUCGUUAUAAUUUUAAUUUCCAGGCGAAUUUGAAACUGGCUGCUGUCCCGCAAUUUGCAUUUUGAAUCACGUCCGAUGGGGUUUCACCGUAGGCUCAACUCGCGUGUCUAUAUAAUUUCCCUCUCCCUUUCCCCUCGCCACGCGCACCCGUAUAUCAACCCAACGGUCCAUGUUCUAUAUACCUAUCACGUUUCAUCCCUCUGGGUCGUUCUCUACUUGAACAGUCUACCUUAACUUAUAAAUACGCAAUGACCGUACGCAGUUGAAUAGGUCACGGAAUUCCAUGACAUCACCAAAUCCUGCAUGCUUCGCCACCUUUGUCUUGUUCAAACUGAAGUUUCGACAAGGUUUAAGUAUAUGCGCGGGGCAAGGAAAAACUAUGGAGAACUGCCUAUAAUAUUUUUAAAAGCAGAUGCUGUUCAUUAGAGUUUUUGGUCGGCCCUACGUAGAGAGGGUGACACUCGCUGACCUGUACUGCCCCGAGGAGUCGAUGCCGCUGAAAUGUCUACACUGGUUCAUUGUUCUGCACCCGCCGCAUGCUAUUUUUUAAUAAGAUGGAAGCUCAUUUUUAAAAGAAAUUCGCUCCCGAGAGCAGUCAGAUAGUAAUAAAGGCUGAAAUAUUGUUUGAUGGAAUGCAUACACCUGCCAGUAAGGCAGGAGUGUUAACACGCUAGUGAAUUUGUUAAGCAACAGUCAGCAUUUUCUUGCCCUGCGCAUAUACAUACUCCUCGCCGAAGUUUCUUAAAAACGUCUUCAUGGGAUCCGUGCAGCCGGCAUGUCCGGCCUCCAAAGUCGAUAAAUUCAGCCAAGUUGCCAACUGCAUCACGAAAAUCAAAGACCAGUUAGAUGUGGGUGGCUGCUUAGGUACAGUCAAUCGUUUGCAGAGUCUUAACUGCCCGUAGCAAAGGUUUGGGUCGGGUAUACGUAGAUGAAUGGGGCCGUUUGACAGGAUGGCUUGUCAUCACAAGUCGCAACCCUCUUUCUUGAGACAGGUCAUUCUUUUGAAUUCGCAGUCGCGCAGGCUAUCACUCGGCCAGAGUGCAAGGAAAGACGUGGACAUUUUGAAGUCUGGAGCUCUGAAACGAACUAGAUCAAUGGGCAUGUUGAUGCAUCUGCCCACUAACAUUGUCCUGUGGAAUAAUCCCCAGAUACAUAAAAAAUUGCUCGUAAUCAAACCUUAUUCUUCAUGAGUAUUACGUCUGUCGUUGUUGUUUUCUUAUUCCUGAUGGAAUCUAGCAAGAACUGGAAAGUUCAACUAAAAAACCGUCGUACGUACAACCAGCUGACGAACACAAGCUGGUUGUGAGACGAGAUGAUGAAUUACCAUAAGUGGCUGCCCACACCUAUGAAAUGGGUCACGAGUUUGACUUUGUAGUCACGAUGGUAACCGACCACACUGACAACAAAACAGGCUAAGAGUUGAUUGAAGCCUAGGCCUCGGAUGAGAACUCAGCCAAUCGACUUAUCGACCUGGCGCCUGCACACAGCCCUGCACAGUCACCUCUACUCAUGCGCCAUCGAUGGAUGAUUAGAUAGAACGUCCUAUAAAUGUCGCUUUUUCUGCUGUUGCUACGAUAUCUAACGGUGGACGUCUGCACGGGUUUGGAAGAUCAGAACAGUAAACAGACGGUAUUUUAUUACCGACAAAGACAAGGGAGACUGGAAUGGCCAUUUCUAACUUAUUAGCCGUCGUCAGCCAGUCAUGCUCAACCCCGAAGCGUGGAACACCCGAGGCUCGGACUCGCGACCUGUUAGUUAGAAGUCUACGCCUCUAACCACUGGGCCACGAGCCCGUUGCCCUAUCGGUUUCGAUCGGGAAUAUACCAUGGUAGGUGACGGCUACUAAGCCAGAAAUGACCAUUCCCGUCUCCCUUGCCUUUGUCGGUAAUAAAAUACUGCCUAUAUCAUGCGCCACUGUGCAGCUGCUGGUUGGGCUCGAGAGAGAGCUCGUAAGGCACAACGGAACGAGUGAGUUCUGUAAGAACGAUCGGUGAGCGCCCCCCUACCAUAGUAAACAGACUGUUCCGGUGCUCGACCAGUCCUCUUUGAUACCCAAUCGUCUGCUCAACCCGGGGCUGGUAAGAAGUCAGCAGGCUGUGAAGACUUUGGAUAGUCAUUUAGUAUGCAGUGGUUGCAGGCUGGUUGAACCUUUCGUUCUUUGUAUUCCGGACAAGUACAUCGUCUGAGAAGAUUGUUUUUACAAAUUAUGGAAGUGCUGCAGUGUGCUCUCACUGGCAGUAGUAAACAUGUUGUCGACAAUGGGCUCGACAAGUAUUCGAUGAAUUCCCUCCCUCCAUGCAUGAUUAUCUGCGUGGGACUUGAUUAUUUGGCUAUAUUCGGUUUUCCUAUUUUUUGCAAUCGAGCUUGUCUUAUUGUUCAAUUUGGCAGAAUCCACUUGCAUCAUCGUAGAUUUUUGCGACGUCAAAAAGAAUUGCACUGCAAAUCCAUUUUUAGUGGUGCUCAGAAGGCAAACGGCGUCUUAAAAAUGGAAAUAUCUAGCCUUCGUACCUACUGGUAAACCAACGUUUUGUCCAUAUGCUGUCGAUGUUUUGAGAAAUCUCAAACCCGUCAUUGAACAAAAAAGUCAUCACCACAUUGUGGACUUUGACGCAGAUUUUCUUCAGCAUAGGUGACAACAGUUCAGUGGACUGUGGCACUCUUGUAUAUGCAAAGUUGGCAGGUUCAAUGGGCUUGCAGAUGACAUGAAUGUUGCAUGAAUUGCUCUGGGAUGCUAUUCACUCGGAUGGAUUGACAUUCACACAGACUGGCCUGCUAUGUGGGGCGGUAGUUCUACUCUGAACCCAUCUGAUGUCCAUCUUUUAUUCAUCUUUCCUCAGACGCGUACCGAAUGCAGUAGCCACACCCCUAACUGCCUGCUGAAACUCGGCUCUUCACUUCAAUCGGCAGUAUCUAAUUUUCUCUGUCACCAUCACCCGUAUGCUUCCGGUGACGAAUCUGCUUGGGAUAUGAUUGGUUAAGACACAACCCCUUGAGCCUUAUACCGUCACUUUCUCCGUCUAACCAAAAUUCACAUACUUGAAUAGUCACACCCACAAGGGUUCGCAGGCCGCAGCAUAAGCCUAAGGACAGGGUUUGAUCUCUGGUUGUGACGUGAAAAAGCACAAUAACCAAACUCAUCUUGAAUCAGCGCAACACGCUUACUGACACCCUCAUUCUUGCAAGUGCCUUCGGACUGUUCUUAGUGCCCCUGAUUUUACCUCUGCAUGUGCUUCACUAAAUUUCCCUUUGGUUUGGUCGGAGAAAAGAGGGUGGGGGUUAAGCUGAGGGCUAAAUACAAAGUAAAUCAGUUCUUCAAAGACCACCCGCAAAUAACUGUCCCGACCGCCAGAGCACUGUCCAUGCACAUAAAUGGGACUCCGGAUUAUGCGCCCACAGAUGUUCGAUGAAAGCUAAAGAAGACGGCCUGGGGGAGGGCGAGAAGACGAAGAAUGACGCGGAAAUAAAAAAACGGGGGAUCGAUGAGAAGAGGAUGAUGAAAAAGAAGAUUGACAAGGAGGAGGAGGGCGGGAACAUUAGGGUAAGGGCGAAAGAUGACUAUAAAUAGGGUGUAAAACACAAUAAGAAUAAAGUGAAAUGGUCGAAUGCAGAGAGGAGAGGCAAAAAAUAAAAAAUCGACGUUAAAAUACCAGGAAAACGGGAAUACGCCGGAAGAAUAUGGGAAAACGGAAGAAGAACAAAGGAGAGGACGCGAACUAACCAAAGGUAAGUAAAGAGGAAAUGACAGAAGAAGAAGAAGAAGAAAAACAAAAAGGAGCCAAAUGGACCAGGAGGAUAUACUUCCCCCGUUGGUACCUUCGAAAUACGGUGUGCAGGUUCUUGACCGUUCACGGUAGUGAUGCCCAAAUGCCCUAAUUUUAUUUAUAGAAUAUGGAGAAACAUGAACACAAAACCAUUAUCUCAGUUUAAUGUGUCAUCCAUAUCCGCAAUAACGUGGAUUACUUUCGAGAAAUUUUCAAAACAGAAGGUAGUACCAGUAGCUUUAAAAAGCCUUGACCAUAUGCAAACAAGCUAUCAGAGAAAAGGAUAUAAUUGGGUGAUUAGAGCGUAUGAAGUGUAAAGGCAUGACCGGACAUACCGAUGAGGGUCGUCAGUAAGCUUGAAAUAAAAGUGUACUUGACGGAUAUUUAGUCAACGCCUCCGCGUUCUUCUAACCAAGGUUUCCAUCUGCUGUGUUUAAAUCUGUCCCCGGAUUUAAUAUCAACCCCUUCACGUUGAUUUUCAUCGUGCACUGCCUAGUGUAAAGUUGUACUAAUCAUGUGGGUCCAUAUAGGGUUUAUAUGCAUGCAGGAGGCUGACCAAUGCAAUUAAGCAAUAAUGUUUCCAAAAGUCCUCAACUAGCUAUGCUUGCGCAGGUAACUCAACUUCUUUCCUGUUGAGUAAUAAGUUAUAGAAGUAAGUAGGUGAUCAAUCGACAGUUUCGUGGAGUCAGUAGCUGUUUGCAUACAUUUCGACCGCAUUAAUUCAUUUUUUUAGCAUCCAGGAGAUCUGUAGACUAAUGUUAGCUUCUGUGAUCUACUUGACCGUGAGGGCACAUGUGCAGUCUCCACAACAACCCAGUAGUUUAUUUUCCUCGCCGACUACCUUGCGUCCCAAUAACUCAAGUGAAAACCAGUAGUCUGAGGAACCGUCCCAAAGCGGGCUUUUUGCAAAUAAGUCCCCAUUUUUUAUUUCUCCCUUUUCCCACCCUCCUUUAGCAAAGGAAACUGGUUAUUGAUAAUGCAGUUUUUUACUCGCUUGCUUGUGAUUAUCACUAAAGUCGUCUUCUCACUACGUCAAUAAGUUCCUGGAGGAGAUGCGGUACAUAUGUCAAGGAAAGCAAAAGUCAUAUUUAAAUAUUGACUGCUCUAGCAUACCCCUAGCUCGAGCAGUAACAAAAGCCCGGACGGGAGUUUCGCGACUUCCUUCUGCCACACACGCGAGGGGCUCGGCCCAUCAUCGGGUCCUACAGAGCUCCCCCAGUGCUUUCUGUUACAUACUCCUGAAAACCUAAGAAUAUUUGUGCAGAAAAGUCAAUUCCAGGUUCACCCAUUAAUUUUGGUAGAAAAAUAGUGGUUUCAAUUUACAUUUUUUCAACCUUAUGCUGCAUCAGAGAGUCCAGCGAUUGAUCCGUUAGAAAUUCUGUCUCUGUUAAAAUAAAGAAUAUUAUCUCCCUUCCCGCCUGACUUGUCCUUUAGGCGUCACGAUUUAAUGACAUCCUCUUCAUUCUUUUGCCCACACGCAACACCUCAAAAUAUUUAAUGUUCCUUGCAACGGAAUCUGUAUUCCAUUCAGCUCUCUCUUACACAUGUCAUUCGGUAGUAAAUCCAGGCAACCAAACAAAUCUAUUUGAAUACUCCAUCUUUUCCCUAAGCAACUGGUGAGGACAGACAGGUAGGUUAACUGUGACCCAUAAAUCGACUUCCGUAAACAAAGUUAGGCGACGUUCGUAGUGACCGAUUAAACUGAGUGGGAGAAAGAGAUGGCUGCAGCAGCUUUCGCUGUUUAUCGCAACUUAAACUGCAGCCAGAGUCCUCCCGACGCAGUUCCCGCAGCUGCUCGUUGGGCAAAGCUAGAGUCUACUCCUGCUCAUCCUCCGCCUUCAGUGUUGCUACAUUUUAAUGCAAGCACACUGCACAGUUGUGAUAGGGAAAUAUUGUCACACCAGACUGCGACUACAAUCUGUCUACUUGAGUUUAGAGCUUCGAAUUCGCCAAUACCCCUUAAACAGCUGGGCAAAACAGUGACAACCCACUUAAUUUGAACAGUAAACUUCCAGCUAUGCACCACUGACUGUACACUUUUGGGUACUCUUGCAUGCCAAUCAUUCGAUAAUUCAUGUAGAUAGCAUAACCUGUUUUUAGACAUGUGGAUGGUCUGCUUAAACGAAACUCUUAACCUAUAAACUGCAUCCACAUUCGUUGCAACAUGACGGGUAAACAAUAAUCUUGAAAACAUGGGAAAUUAUGACAACGCGCGAAAUCAUAAAAGAGAGGGGGAAGAUGUUAAAUAAUGGGAAUCGCCUGAAUUCGCAGCCAUGUAAAUUUUACAAAAGAUUGCACUGAACGACUCCCAUCGAGAUGAAAACGACGUACUACUAGCUAACUUUUGGAGAAGUUAUGGUAUCAGCGAAAACUUGUUAACUUGAUAAAGAAAGCAGUGGGCUAAGGCAUGCGCUCAGGAACUUUAACCCUAACCCUACUAACCUUAGCAUCAACCCUCCUAGCCCUGGUCCUAGGCACAACCCUCCUAACCCUAAACCUUAGCCCAACCCCAACCCCCGCCCUAACCCCCCGGAAUUUGGCGUAA